GCCCUCCACGUCAGAGGGAGGACGGACUUAAAGCAGUGUGUCCAGCUGGCUGUUGCUGAAGGGGUCCGCGGAGUUCUGUCGACUCACAACGCCACAAUGACUUCAACCAACAUGUUUCAAGGAUUGGACAAUGCUGCAAAACCAAGUUCAAGAGUUCUGCGGCCUCCGGGCGGUACCUCCAGCAACCUUUUCGGUGGCUAUGAGGAAGACGCUGCGCCCAUGAGACGGCCCAACCACACGUCGUCCUCCAUCUUUGCUCCUGACGAACCUCGACAGGUCAACACCAGACGCUCCAACCCCCCAGGCGGGAAGGCCAGUGGUAUAUUCGGUGAUGACCCGGCCCCCCAGCCCAGACCGGUGGCUCCAGGGAGACAAAGCAGCAACAUCUUUGGAGGGGCAGAGCCCGCCCCCCCUAGUAAACCAAAGGAGGAGGUUAUUGUGACGCCUGAACCGGAGCUAGCAGUGUCUCCCCAGCUGAGCCCGGUGGAGCUGAAGGAGGAGGAGCCAAUCUUGGCCCCGCCCGCUUCACCUGUCGAGGAGGAGGCCGCCGCCCCCCUGGCUGUCCUGGAGCCAGCGCCGGAGGCCACGCCCACCUGUCUCCAAGACGACUCCGGCAAGAACCACGAGCCCCACCUGGGCCCCAAGCGCCGCGCGCACAACCGGGUGCUGAACCCCCCCGGAGGGAAGUCCAGCGUGGUGUUCUACUGAGCCCCCCCCUCUGGCGCCAGCCCACCCUGCUCAUCUCAGUCGCCCCCCCCCCCGCUUGGACGUCUGUCCCUUCUCAUUCCACCCCCCCCCCUCACCUCGCCCCCGCUGAGCACUAUCUCUGUUCUGUUUUUGUCCCCCACUUCUUGCACUUUUAGCCCCGCCUUUCUUUCCUGUCUGCCCCUUUAAUGGUUUUCCACGCUUGACAAUCAUUUAGCCGACCAAUCAAUAGGCCGCGCUUCAGAGGGGCUGGACGGGUGCCUUCUCCAGCCCCGCUGAGGGGCACCCUGUGUCCGUCAGCCCCGCUGAGGGGCGCCCUGUGUCCGUCAGUCACGCAGGGCCUCUGUGUUUCAGUUUCUCAUAGAUGUUCAUAGCUUUAAGAUGUCAACGUUUGGCAUGGAGAAGGAAUCCUGCCACCGAAUGUGUUCAGCCAAUGCCGCGUAUUCUCAGCUGUCUAGAGCUGUGGGACGGUGCCAAGUGAGACGAUGACUGUAUAAUCACAAGUGUAACUCUACUAGACUCCUCAUCCCGGGGUCUCCUGUAAGAACCGAAACAGUUUUACGUUUAGAGUAUCUUCUGUUCAGCGAAGAAUGCCAAAAAAUUAAUAAUAAUAAUGCGUUUGACAUCCCCCGCCCCCGUUUUAGUGUUUUGUUUUUUUUGUCUUCUACAAUUCCAUUUAAAUGUCUGUUGAGUGCUAAUGCUGAAUGUACCGUGUGGGUGUUCUUCUGCUUCGUCCUCAUCGUUUGUGCUCUAUUUGUGUUUUAUUUGAAGACCUGUUCUUCGCUUGGGGUAGGCCUCAUUUAUGUUUUAAAUUAAAACAGCUGAACACAAGUGAACUCUGGAGACGAGCUUGGUCCGCCGGGUCUAGUCACCCUAGGACCCUGAAGGAGAGCCUCCGUCUCCACGCCACACCGACGGCAUCUGGUGCCAGUCCGACCCCUCCCCACAGCGCAGAUGUGCCUGGCCAGCAGUGAGCUUAGCAGAAGAAGAAGUGACAACCUGUGUAUUUCAUUAAAAACGUUUUUCAAUUUUG